ACAUGAAAAUGUCCUGUAUUGAUCAGCUAUAGUCGUAUUCACAACUACUGAUUAGAGUAUGUGAAUAAUAGGUGCAGCAAUAACAUUAGAGGAUUGCGUGUUGGGGUGGAUUUCCCUUUUACUCAGUCGGGGACUACAGCCACAGCAGCAACAGCAGCAGCGUCGUAGUAAAAUGCGGUGCUGCUGAGAAAAGAGGAAGCGAUAGACAGAAACAGACAGAGAGAGAGAGAGAGAGAGAGAGAGCAUCCGGCAGAACAUUUCUUUCCACAGAGAACAGAGGAGACCGGUCGUCCUCUCCUCCUCGGACAUGUGGUGCACCCAGCAGCAGCAGCAGCAGCAGUAGCAGCACAGGCAGCAGCGGCGGCUGUGGCGGUGUGUGGCGGCGACGGCGCGGCGUAGCCUACUACGUCUUUGGGGCUUCUUUUGUCUUAAAUUCCUUUUUUUGUGUCCUUCGGUAAUGAGCUUACUGGGGGCCUACAAGAAAAAGACCAGUUACGAUGGCUAUGAAUCUUUGCAGCUGGUCGAUAGUGGCGGAGAUAGCUUCUGUAUCGGCAGAGGGAGCAGCAGCGGCAGCACCACACUCGCAGGCUCCAUAGCGGCCACCCUUGGACCGAAGGCAGGCCCGCUGAGAGAGGAGGACUGCAGCACCAUGGACAGCUCAGAUAUGGAUGCCAGUUAUGGUGGAGGACUGUUGGAUAUGGUGAAGGGAGGAGCCGGGAAGUUCUUCAGCAACUUCAAGGACAACUUGAAGGACACGCUGAAAGACACCUCUACCAAGGUCAUGCAUCAGGUUGCCACGUACACUAAAGGGGAGCUGGACAUUGCCUACAUCACAUCACGGAUCAUAGUGAUGACCUACCCGGCGGAGUCAGUGCAGAUUGGCUACCAGAACCAUGUAGAGGACAUUCGCUCCUUCCUCGACAGUCGCCAUGCCGACCACUACACUGUCUUCAAUCUAUCACAGCGCAACUACCGCGGCGCCAAAUUCUCCAACAGGGUAUCAGAGUGUAACUGGCCUUCUCGCCAGGCUCCCAGCCUUCACAACUUGUUUGCUGUGUGUAAGAACAUGCACAACUGGCUCAAACAGAAUCCCAAGAAUGUGUGUGUCAUCACCUGCUCGGACGGUCCUUCUCCCUCGGGUGUUUUGGUUUGUGCCAUGUUCUGCUUCUGCCACCUCUUCAACAACCCGGUUCCCGCCAUGCAACUGCUCAGCGCCAAGAGACCAGGUUUCGGCCUCUGGCCCUCACACCGCAGGUACAUAGGCUAUGUGUGUAGCAUGGUAUCAGAGAAGCCCAGUCUACCCCACUCCAAGCCCUUGGUAAUCAAGGCCCUCACCAUGAUUCCGGUCCCCUGCUUCAACAAGCAGCGUAGCGGCUGUCGGCCCUUCUGCGACGUCCUCCUAGGAGAGACAAAGAUCUUCACCACUGCACAGGACUACGAGAGGAUGAGAGAGCACAGGGUCCAAGAGGGUAAGGUUGUUUUCCCUCUGGGUGUGAGCGUGCAAGGAGACGUCGUUGUUUCAGUCUACCACAUGAGGUCGACCAUUGGAGGACGUCUCCAGGCCAAGGUGUCCAACACCCAGAUCUUCCAGAUCCAGUUCCACACUGGCUUCAUUGCUCCUGGUACCACCAUGUUAAAGUUUAACAAACCAGAACUGGAUGCAUGUGACUCUCCUGAGAAGUAUCCCCAGCUUUUCCAUGUGAUACUGGAUAUGGAGGUGGAGGAGGUGGACAAGCAAAAAGACCUGACGCCGCCGUGGGAGCAGUUCCCCUGUAAAGACCUCAACCCCAACGUGCUCUUCUCCUGCCACCAGGAGCAUCAGGACGCACUGGCUAUUGCUGAGCCAAGCCGGCCCCACGGAGGUCCAGAGGGUCGGGGCCACGGUGAGGAGAGCGAGCCCUCAGAUGAUGAGAUGCUCUCUCUUUCCAGCCAGCGAAGCAAUACCAGCACGGCCCCCCAGAAACCUGACCCCCCUGCUUCAAUGCCCCCUGCACCCGCUGAGGAAGUGGAUCUUCUUGGCCUCGAUGGGGAGGAGAUCAACCGCCUGUGUCCUUCAUCUGAGCCCCCAUCUACUGCAGCUGCAACCACUGACCUCCUAGGGGACUUGUUCGGGGCCCCAACCCUGCCAACCAGUGGGCCGUCAUCUGCCCAGUCCACACCACAUAAAGCAGUCCCAAACACUGCCUCGCCAUGUCACUCUCCUGCGCCACCAGCGUUUGAUCCCUUUGGGACGGGUCCCAUGCCUAAGCCUCAGGACAUGAUGGGUUCAUUCCUUGGACCAGGUAAUGUGGGGCAGCCAGACCCCUUCCUGCAUGCUGCUCGCUCUCCAUCACCCACCCUGCAGCCUACAAGCUUGGGCCGGAGUUCCCCAGUCCCGCCAACCACCCCAACCGUCAACAUUCAGCAGCAAAAUGCCAAGGGACGAUGGGACUGGAACAGACCCGCUACCACAAGCACAGGAGGAGGCUUUGGUAUGGGCAGUCGAUCAGCCACUACUAGCCCCACAGGCUCGGUCCACAGCACCCCCACCCACCAAACCAAGCCAAACACCCUGGACCCGUUCGCUGACUUAGGCAACCUUGGGGGAAGCCUUGGAGCAGGUUCUGGCUUCUCCAGCAAACCCACCACUCCUACUGGAACUACCCCUUCCAUCCCUCCCAUGGGCUCCCCAUCGCGACCUCCUCCAUCUCCCCAGCAUGCACCUGGCUUCCCGGCGUGGCAGCCUGGUGCUGGAAGCGGUGCAGGAUGGCAACCCCAAGGACAGGGCCCUGCCUCGCAGCCAAAGCCCAGCCCCAGCCACACCCCCAUGCCUCACACAUCGCCCCAGAACCGACCCAACUACAAUGUCAGCUUCUCUGCAAUGGGAGGGGGCUCGCCCAGCGCAGGGGGGAAGGCACAGGCUGGCAUGGGUUCUAAGCCCAAGGCCUCGCAUGCCAACUUUGAUGACCUGCUGUCUGGUCAGGGCUUUGCAGGGACAAAAGAGAAGAAAGGGCCCAGGACUAUAGCAGAGAUGAGAAAGGAGGAGAUGGCCAAAGAGAUGGACCCUGAGAAACUAAAGAUUCUGGACUGGAUCGAGGGGAAGGAGCGUAACAUCCGCGCUCUGCUAUCCACCAUGCAUACUGUGCUGUGGGAGGGAGAGACGCGCUGGAAGCCUGUGGGCAUGGCUGACCUGGUUACUCCAGAACAGGUCAAGAAGGUCUACCGCAAAGCAGUCCUGGUCGUCCACCCAGAUAAGGCGACAGGACAGCCCUAUGAACAAUAUGCCAAGAUGAUUUUCAUGGAACUAAAUGAUGCCUGGUCAGAAUUUGAAAGCCAAGGACAAAAACCCCUCUACUGAAUAAAUAGUGAGAGGAAGUGAGCGAGGAGAAGACGUCCUUGCUGAUUCUGUCAUCUAAUCCUAAAAAUGUGUCACCAUCUCUGGUCAACAUACUACAGCCACACCCUACAACAUCUGCCUUUAUACCUGUGCUUUGACCCGUACUUCUCUUCUCACCACACACACAGAACACAGAACAUCCAGUUGUUUUGCAAAGACGGCAGAAGACUACAGAACUCCAGCGCCCAGACUAACAGUAUAACUGAACUAAUAACUCCCUGUAGCUCAAAUGUACCUACUUACUGUAUGUAUGUGGUGCAACAUUGUCCUUCCUUGUUGAGUGUCCUUAUCCCUGAACCGACCUACCAAUCAAAGCAGAGUCACCGGGACAAAAACAGAGAAAUGCUUGAUUCAGAAGAGUCAGAUCAAAAGAGAGCAAGAGACGAUGGACACACAAGAUAAGAGAAAAACGCAUCAGGGAGUAAACUGAAUUAGCAUUUCACAGACUGCUUUAAAUAAGGGAUUCAGAGCGCCAGGUAGUCUGUAAGGCACCAAAUGUAUUUAACAGCAAUCAAUCCAUUUACCCACAAAAGAUUAUUUUGGGGAAGUAGAUUUUGCUUUGUACUUUGUGGGAAAACUGGAUCUAUGAUCAGUUCUAUCAUAUCAAAGCCACAGUUUUUCAUGCAGUUAAAUGUUCCUAGAAAUACAAAAAAAGAACAGAGGCAUCAAGCUACUAUACAUUUUUUACUGAUUGAAGUGAAAUUGAACUAAAGCCAAACCUGUCCUCCUUUUAAAAUAGGCUUUGGAGGUACACAUUAUCAAUCUAUCUAAUUUAGAAAGUGUUAUGAAAGUGCAAAGAGAAUGAAAGCAAACUGCUAUCACUGCUUUUGACAGUAACAGGUUGGCUGACAUCUCCAUUAGCCUUAGAAUUUGGUCUGCUGAAGAUAAUUGAAAAACAUGGGGCUCUACAAUAAAAACACAGGUCAGAAGGCUGCUACAAUUUCAGUUCCUGACUUAAUAUUCAUGUGACAGAUUAAGAAAAAGGUGUUCUACUGUAGGAGAGUGAUUUAUCAUUGGUGAGUCUGCUGUAAUCAAGCCUUGUUUGUUUCCAUGUUUGCAGGGAACUGGGGAUUGUAUAUUGUAUUUUAGGGAUUAGCACAUGUACAGUUCCAUACAUGAAGCACCUUGAGGCCUCAUGCAUACUCACUUAUACAGUAACAUGUAUUUUUGCAAGGGAGCUCUGUGAAAGCACAAACUGACAACUUCACUCAGUGCAGGUUUGAAGGAAAGCCAUUGUUAUUUAUUUAUUAGUUAAUUUGUUCAUCUUUAUGUUGUUGUUUUGUGUAUCAGACCUGCUGCAUUUUGGUUUAAAUGAACUGCACAUGUCAUCAGCUAAUGUAUGUACAGGACAUUUUUGGGCCAUUAUGUUUAACUCAUCAAAUGGGCUGACAAGCUAGGAAAACAUGGGAAUCAUUUGUAAGAUUAUAUCACAGUUUUUCACAGCUCAUCUGACGUUUCUAUUGCCCCCACAAACUCCCUACAACGCUAAAAGAGUCGUGGGUUGAUAUUGCAGACAGACUGUCAGACUGAUGAGUGAAUUAAUGUGCUUUACUGUAUUGCACUACUUCAUAUCUCAAAUUCCUAAUUUCACUCAGAUCCAAUUUAUAUCUGCUGUCAUUAACGCACUUUUAUCAAAACACUGAUUUGCAGUGAUUGCGACAUGUUUUUUUUUAUUACUUUAUUUAAUUUAUUUACAAUUGUGAGACAUUUCUGUCAGACCACUGACACUUUUAUUUAUAAUUAUCAUUCAGCUUUUUGUCUGGAUGAGUAAUAUUGACACUAUUUCAUAUCAACAGUGAGGUACAACACACAUGGCUCAAAGUAUCAACCUUUUUUCAGGAGCUGUACAUGUUGCAGGUGCCGUUUCUAAUAGUUUGAAUCCAGAAAAUGUCAAUUCUCUCCAUAUAAUUUCACUAAUAUGCUGAUUGGUGAUCCUCUGUAUGAUGGAAAUUGACUUUUGACAUUAUCUUCAUGUGUAACAAAUAUUUCAUAGUCCUGGGAUGAAGUCCAUGGGCCAAUGUGAAACAUAUGCAAAAACAAAAUAUAUGUAUUUACUUAUUUGCAAGCGGAAACUGAAGCAACUCUCAAAUUAUUUUAGGGGUUUGGGGUUUUCACUGGACACUAGUAUGAUCCUAUCCUUACCUUUCAGCUUUGUGUUACUGACAGACUGUUAUUCUGAUGUUUGACAUCUGUUAUCAGUUCAAAAAUGUGUUUAAAAUCAAUUUUAACAAAUGCAAAUUUAGCAGAAUAUUUGCCUUCACAUGUUCAUGAACUAGUUAAAUUCUUUAUAUUGUAACUGUUUUCAUGCGCUCUCUCUCUGUUUUGGAGAUUUAGAUGAAGGAUUAGAUCAUUUUUUGGUAUAAUCCUUGUUAACCAUCAUAAUGUCUUUUCCCUUUGUUGGACUUCAUUAUUGCCCAGGAUUCCCAGUUUGUUCAUCUAUGUUGAAGAUUGUUGACUGAAUACUGAUCAGUGGAAAAAGAGUAUGACUGCAAUAAAGCGCUGUUUCUUCAACUGGUUUGGGACCCAGAAUGGAUUACAUCCCUGAACUCUGAUCUACAGUCUGCUGCUUUCUUUGGUGACUUGCCAGACACAGGAGGUGUGUUGUAUGUGCUUCUGUGCUCUAUUUCCACUGAGGACCUACAUGUGAAAUAACCCUCAUUAGCUCCCUCGCUGACUGAAUUCUCUAUCUGCAAUCUUAUGACUAUGUUAAAAAGCUAACCUCUAUAGUGUAGUUAAUGGAUGUGUAUUUGAAGUUGUGGUAUGUAUGGAAGUGAUCAGAUUUGGAUACAGACUACUGUAUGUUAUGUGUUUGCCUGUCUGCUGUUCAAGUAUUACAAAAUUGUGUAAAAAUUCUGUUCAUGUGCUCCUUUUCAGUUCUGUUUACUGUUACAGGAUGUACAUAAUGAUCAAGUGCAGUGCACAAAAAUAAAUAGUAAACAGAAAACAGAA